UCACAACAUUACACAACGAUCUUAGCUGUGCCUGUGAUUCAAAGUGCAGUUGAGGUAACGUUAUGUUUGUGAUUGCUUAUCAGAAUGUAUACUGCGAUAGAAUGCAGUCCUCCGCUUCGCAAUAUAAAACAAUGUAGAUGGUGCUAGUUGUGUCAGAUGAUUCAGUAGCAUAGAAUGCGAUCAAUGAGCGACUCCAGCGCUGUUGCGAAACAAGCAUCAUCUGCAAAACAGUUUCAUUUGUGUUUAAAAGCGUAUAUGUUUCUUUCCAAAUGUCACAGAGCGGUUCUGAGAGUGACAUAUGGGAAUAUAAAUCUCUGAGGAAUACAAAACGACAUGAUGACAGUCAAAAUGCGAAAGGCGCUAGACGGGGGAAGGGAAAGAGAAAACACCAGUCGGGAACAGAGCAAAGCUCCAACAAAAACAAGCGAGUCUCCACAACGAAGGCUGAUUGUUGUGUCAAAAAUCGAACAAGUGCAAAAACACAACCUCGAAAUUACUCGAUGCAAAUGAAAGACGUGAAUGGAGGUCUGUCCAACCAACCACCACCAUCGGACAAAGCAUGCGAGGGCAAGCCUGUCGCUGAAACUCGGAAACCCUCCCCACCAAAAGGACACUGUCCAGUUUGUCAGAUGCCCUUUUCCAUACUAGUGGUGCAGUCUCAACGAUGGCACGUCGCAGAAUGCCUUGAAACCCCCGGAAAUGACAGUAAAGAGUGUCCGGAGGGUAUUCAGUGUUCAUCCACCAUUCCAAGCCAUUAUAAGAAGUACAGCCACUUUCUGUUAGCUCACAGCAGAUCUGUCAAUGACGACAGUGAACUUGUUCUCUCACAAGAGAUAUCAGCUGAUCAUAGAACUACCUCAUCUCCCCCUCUAAAUAAUCAAAACAAUGAUAUACACAGUGGCACUUUGUAUAGCUUAGAGUUUAACAAAGUGAGUGCUUCUUCAUUCUCCAACCCAAGUGCUUCCCCCAGCCCUUUGCCUGCUGGGCCUACCCAGCCCUCCAGUCAGUCACGGUCCAACGCCCUGCUGCUCCUGCGCUCCCCAGCUCUUGACGACAUUAAAAAAAAGAAAGGCUGGUCUCCUUCUGGAAAGGGGACAAAGCCUCCAAGUCUGACCAAAGCCAAAGUUUCACCUCAAGUGAGACUGGACCCUGACAAGGACAAGUCUGUUUAUGAUAAUCAAGUAAAUAUGGACCUGAAAUCAGAUGCGGUUAGCUCAGCUCCUUCGUUUGAGCCAGUGAGUUUGGAUCAAACAGCACAACCAGAUUCCAUAAAAGAGGAAGAAUCUUCUCAUUUUAUUGAUGAUGAUGAUGAUUUCAUUUCCUUUUCACCUCUCUCUGAGAUGCCCAAUAACAAUGAGGAACACAGGGACCAACACAGAAGAGAGUUAUUUCCAAAGGAGGAGAGCAAUGACUCCCUGCAGUUAUCUUGUAGUGAAGCAGCACCGAGAGACAGCGAUGACCUCUUCUCUGAGCUGAUGGACCAGUGUGAGUUAGAGCAGUUGGAAGACGGCCCCCUCGUUAAGGACUCCUUUGACUCCACCUACAUGGAGUUAACAAGCUCCUCGUUAGUGCAAGAUCAAAUGGCUACACCUGGGUCCUCAGGUGUUCCAGAACUACCUCACCAACACAACUUCCCUGUGCCACACUCAGAGACUGAUGACAAGACUUCUUUGCAAUCUCCUCAAAGUCUAGUACUGGAGCGUCUUCGUGAACGUGUAUCAAGCCAGGUGUUCCACACAGGCAUUGAGGAAAAUUCCUGUAGCCAGUUAAACCAAGGUGUGUCUCAACAACCUCCAUCACAAACUUCCAGCCAGCUCAACUCAACAACCAUGGCGCCCAGGAAGACCCAAAGCAAAGCAGGAGCCACGUCCUCUGGGUUCAAGCAAACGGACAUUGGUGUCUUCUUUGGGCUGAAACCCAAACUGAAGGAUCCUGAGAAGAAAACAGUAGGAGUAAGUGGCACUCACCCUGUGCAGGAUUCCCAGCAGACCUCAGAAGCUCCAGCAAGUCAUGCUGGCAGGUCGGGGUGGCGUAGAAGGAAAGACCCAGAGGUGGGCCCUGGAGGAGCCACCAAGAAUGGGGAGGCACAGCCUGGGCAGGCAAAGGGAGGGAGGAGACAAGGGGGCUGGAGUAGAUGGAACAGAAAGGGGGAAGACGGUCAAGAGCGGGCCAGGCCUUGCCCCUUCUACAAGAAAAUCCCAGGUACACCAUUUGUUGUAGAUGCUUUUCAGUAUGGCAGCAUAGAGGGCAUCACGGCGUACUUCCUCACACACUUCCACUCGGAUCACUAUGGCGGUCUGACUAAGAACUCCACUGUUCCCAUCUACUGCAACAAGAUCACAGGAAAUCUGGUGAAGAGCAAGCUGAGGGUGGAUGACCAGUACAUCCACAUCCUGCCCAUGAACACAGAAUGCACUGUGGAGGGGGUGAAGGUCAUCUUACUGGAUGCCAACCACUGUCCAGGGUCGGCCAUGCUGCUGUUCACCCUGCUUACGGGUCAGAAAGUCCUCCACACGGGAGACUUCAGGGCAGACCCCUCCAUGGAGCGCUACCCAGAGCUGCAGGGGUUCCGUGUGCAGACCCUUUACCUGGACACCACGUAUUGCAGUCCAGAAUACACCUUCCCCACCCAGCAGGAGGUCAUCACCUUUGCUGCCAACCGGGCCUUCGAGGCGGUGACCUUGAGCCCACGUACGCUGGUCGUGUGUGGCACCUACUCUGUGGGGAAAGAGAAGGUCUUCCUGGCGGUGGCCGAUGUGCUGGGCUGUAAGGUCUGCCUGUCCCGUGACAAAUACAACACCAUGUGCUGUCUGGAGUCGGACCAGAUCCGCCAGAGCAUCACCACCGACGGAAAGGCAGCCCAGGUCCACGUUCUGCCCAUGAUGCAACUCAACUUCAAAAACUUGCAGACUUACUUGAAACGGUUCUCAGACAAGUAUGACCAACUGGUAGCGUUCAAGCCCACAGGCUGGACCUUUAAUCAGGGCUCCGCCCUGGAACACCUCCAGCCGCAGACCCAGGGCAAGAUCACUAUGUACGGCAUUCCGUACAGCGAGCACAGCGGCUACCUGGAACUGAAGCGCUUUGUGCAGUGGCUGCGGCCCCAGAAGAUUAUCCCCACGGUCAACGUGGGCAGCUGGCGAAGCCGGAAGGCCAUGGAGCAGUGCUUCACCGAGUGGGACGCUGAAGUCGGCACCCACCUCAAGAGACUCCAGUGAUCCAUGGCACCUUUUUGAGUUGUUUGCUGGUCUUGGAUAAGUUUGUUUGUUUGUUUUAUUUAAAUUUCCCUGCCUUCUGAAGGAUUUCUACGGUAAGGUGGCGGAUUGUGCUGCCUACUUGAUGCCACAGUAAAACAGCCAUCUGCCACUGGACAUUUUUCCUAAGAAGGCGGCAUGGCAUGGCUUGCAUUGGAAACCGUCCAAGUCCGCACUCCAACACCUGGACCACGUCCUGUGACCUGGGCCCUGCUCUUUAAAGUGGUGUCUUCCAAGAGUCUGUGCUUUGACUUAUGUACUGGACCUAGAGGAGUCCUCUCGGUUUACACUGGCCAUUACUGUAAAGCGCACUUUCUCCCUUUGAAACCGAGAGUGUGGAGACACAUUAGCACUGUGACCUUCAACUCUCCUUGCUUUUCUUUCUUUCUUUCUUUCUUUCUUUCUUUCUUUCUUUCUUUCUUUCUUUCCCUCCCCCCAGCCUGGCAUCAUGGGGUGUACCAUGGUGUCAGAUGGAGUGCCACAGCCAUUCAUUGCACCCCAUUCUGUCCCAGCUUGACAUCACCCUGUAAAUGCCUCUUCAUCCAUGGAGGUGGAACAGACGAAUGAAAUCACGAGGCUCUCUUUGCGGUUUCAAUUAAAAUGAACACUCCCAGUUGCGCACUUUUGGACGUGAGAUGCUGCCAUUAAUCCAUUUGAUUGAUUUUAAUGAAGAAUCUUUAUUAGCUUGGGCUGAAUUUGGUGCAUUGGCCUGUUAGCCUACUUUUAACAAUAAUUUGUUUACGCCUGGGUGUCUCUUGAGUGGUGUUGAGACACAAAUUCUAGAGCGCUCCUCUGCCUGAUGGUUCACAGACUCUAAUGAUGUUUACUCUUAGAGCAGAGCUCUUAGACCAGAGCUCUUAGACCUGUGCCAGGUUUCCCUCAGAGUGUCAAGGUGCUUGAAGUCUGACUACCGAAGAUUCUUUUGAGUUUUCUCUGUUCCAGUGACAUUGGCUUUACUCGCCUUCCUUUGGCCGUUUUUCAUGUAGGCCAACCUAUAUGAGUUUUAUUUUUGGACUAAAUAAGGAGGGCUAUCUGGAUUGGUCUCUAUGGUGACCACUGUUCUGUUUUGUUCC